AUGCCGACGACAUCAUCUGCCCCGGUGUACGUCCCUAGUGCGAGUAGAAAGCUUCGAAAAGCCGGCGACACCCCGUACAUGUCCAUCCACAGCUUAGUCCCCCACCCGGCGCAGAUUCCCAGUGCGAGUGAGAAGCAUGGGGCGCCUCAGUCACACUAUUCCACCACGGCCCACCGUCCACGGGGUGUACCAAGGCAAUGGGCCGACCACGUCUUGCUGUCGGGACCCUUUGGAGACUGCCGCGCCGGCACAGUGCUUCCGGUCCACGUACAACUAACCAACCCCCGUAACGGCACUACCUCCUCGCUGCAGGCAAUCCCAGAAGCCUUCCGGGGAAGGACGCCUGCCUUUCCGGCUGGCAAAGUUUUUUGUGCCACGCUGGCUCGCAUCGCGAGAUUGGGCCUUGUCUUGUGCGCCUCUAUGCGGGUGGCGCGCCGAACCGCCGAUCGGACUCUUCCUUCACCGCGAUCAGUGGAAAACUCGUCGAAGGGGAGAUCUGUCGAUUAUACAUGUCAUAUUCCUGCUGGUCCGGAAUACGAAUCAGCUCCAGAUUCAACGCAUUUGGAUCCGACGCCAAGAGGAGUAAGCGAAUCUCCUCAUCAUUCUCGUCUGUUUGCAGCUCCGACAUGCAAUCUGGGAGGCCAACCUUGGCUAGCAGAUCGGUUUGCUGAGUCUACUCGCCAUGAUGGCUUUGUCAGAGACAGAUUUGCUGGAGAUCAUCACAUAUCCGGUCGCCAAUCGGGCAUUUCCGUUCACAAUCAUAGCGAGAGCUUCAACAACAGCCAUACUAGCAGUGGCAUUGACGGCUUCUCCAGUAGAGGGAUUCCUAGAGCCUUUGGGAAUCAGAGGACCUCGGUGUACAUGCAGCGGACGUCGCCUGGGCUAUCCAAGCUCUUUAAGAAUGUUCAAGACAUGGAACGGCGCCUUGCCAACCUCGAAGCAUCAACUUCAUAUACCCGACACAAGCCGAACUGUCGACAGGAUUGUGGCUGUCCCUCACAGGUCGAAUGGGCUGCUUUAAAAUCGCGAAUUGUCCAUUUUGAGACGAAGCUAGGAAUAAAAACAAGAACUUGCAGCAGAACUCAACAGGGAAUGGACGUGGCCAGCAGGGCGAGUCGAAAGCGACGGAAGGUUAAGCAGCAACAGCCCGAGAGCCCAUCGGAGGACGAAAUAUCUGAUGAUUAUUAA